AUGUCGACAGACGACCAUGAACCGCCGAUGCGGGUCACGUACCUGGCGGGGUACAUAGUCCUCUCUUAUGUGAUCAGUGCAAUGGGGUGCACAACCACAUUGGAGCUGCUUCACCGGCGGACCUCGAGGUCCGGUCUGUACAACUGGUACCUUCUCUUAACCGCCUCGAUCACAAUGGGCGGCAUAGGGAUUUGGUGUAUGCACUUUAUCGGAAAUCGUGCCAUCGUCCUCGGCGAAGGCGAGGCACAUGUGCAAGCCAUGUAUAAUGUUGCCUUCACGGGAACUUCCUUCGUGCUCCCCGUGGUAGUACUAUUAUUUGCCUUCUACGCCGUGGGCGUGGAGGAGAAGGCAGGCUAUCUUCGCAUCGUCAUCGGAGGCUUGCUCACCGGUAGCUCUGUCUGCGGUAUGCACUACGUUGGUCAACUCGGAAUCUCGAACUAUAGGUGCACCUACCACGUUGCCAACGUCGUGGGUGCGGCGAUCAUUGCUAUUUUCUCCAGCACAACUGCUCUGGGUAUCUUUUUCCGCUGGAGAGCCACUUGGACUGAUAGCUGGUGGAGGCGAGGGAUCUGUGCUUGCCUAUUGGCAGGUGCUGUCUCGGGUAUGCAUUGGACUGCGGCUGUUGGAACGGAGUAUUUGGACCACGACCGCAUGGUCAUGAAUGGGACUCAGUUGUCGAGGAGUCAGGUUGUCAUUGUCUGCACUGUCCUGGCCUGUGUUGCUUGUUUGAUUUUGUCGAUGUGUGCUAUUCUCGCUGGGCGGAAUCGUAGAAAGUCGACGACACGUGCCCAUCAGCUCGUUCUCGCCUGUGCCUACUUUGAUCCCAGUGGACGGAUUAUGGUUACAACGCAGGCUAUGCUUCCUACGAGGAAGAUUGUCGAUCAUUAUAUCGGACGGACUUUCAAAGAUGACGACCUCACUCGCACCCACCCUACUUUCCUGUGGGCGUUUAGGGCAACUCGAAACUGGCCUGUCAUAAAAGAUCUGAUUCCCUUCAUGCGAAACCGCCUUGAUUCCGAAGAAAGCGCUAUUGAGAAACACAUGCUAUCCCGAGGAGUCUUUAUGGACAAGGAUACAGAGUUACAAACUGAUUUUGAUACCUUGUUCAAGCAACUCUUCUGUGUCACAGCCAAAGAGCUCUCAGAAGAACUCCGUUUGCCUCUCCAGGAUCUGGGUACCCUCUACGACGAUGUUCUCUCCACUGCUAUCCCCAUCUCCCGACUUUCUCGAGCCAUGGGCCGCUCGUCCCUCCGCACCGGCAAGGGUCAGUUGAUGUUUACCGUUCGACAGCUACAGAAACAUGAAGCAGCACGUUUGAAAUCGCAGGGAUUCCGGUUUGCAACAAUCGAGCAUGUCACAGGAAUGCUCUCCCGACGCAUCCACGUUCCCGAAGCAAGCCUAGCCAACUCCCUCCGCGAUAUGCGCGACUACGCAAGCUCAAAUCGAGGCUUCGACGAGGGAGUACACCUCGUUUCCUUCAUGAUGCGCCCAACAAUCCACGAUCACUUCGAGAUCCUAACCGCAAAGGGUGCCGGAAACCCCCUUCCAUCCGCAACUCUCCCAAUGAAGCAACUCCAAAUCCACCACCUAGAACUCAUCUCCCACAUGGAAGGAUGGUCCAUGGAUGUAUGCAUGCGAUACCUCGAGUCCGCCGCUGCAACAGAAGCCUUCCCCAACCUCGCCGAAUUCCGCACCCAUCUGACCAAAGCCAUCAUCUCCCUCUCAAAAACCAUCCCAGAAGACAUGCGCGGAGCAGCACAACUUUCCUCCCGCCCGCUAACAGCCCCCUGCCACACCGGAUCCUCCGACCCCGAAACAUCCAUGCAAAAUAACUGCACCCUCCUAGCCUUCUGCGCCGUCGGCACACUCGACACUCAAAUCUCCAACCCAGACUACACCUUCACACCCUUCCGCCUCUUCCGCGUCCAGCAACAGAUAAAUGAAGCCUUUAGCGACCAUGACGACUUUGCCCGCGAACUGGGCCAAGAACUCUUUUGCACAGACGUGCGAUCAGGCUCGACCGCCAGCGAGAACGAUCACACCUCCACGGCUAAAAUGGCCAUCCUACGUCUGUGGCCGUCGCGCAAGAGCGCACCGACUUCGAGCUCUGGCUCUGGCUCGCGAUACUCCCAGGAGUCCUAUGUGGAUCCUACCGCGACUGCGUUACGGGAUAUCACCGUUCGCAAGGAAGUCCGCGUUGAUUAUACUCACCUUCAUGAGAACUCCAACCAGAAUAAUCUCAGUAACCGCGACUCGAAAGUUACUGUUUCCGGUGGCAUUGAAACUACGCCUACGAGUUACGUCGAUGAGUUGUAUAGUCUUUGCUAUGCGCCAGGAAUUCGGUUGAGACCUGAUGCGUCGUUACAGAAUAUUUCGCGUGGUUCGACUGCAUGCUGA